ACACCUACCACCGAGAGCUGCACUGCUCGAUUCCGUUUCCAAUAUUUAAUUAUAUUUCUAUCUCCUCGUCGAGAAAUGACGCUGGCCGAGGAUAGCAGAAAUCAGUUUUCUCGGGAACUGGUGGAUGCCAUCACCAAGAAUGUUCUCCAGCAGAGUAGCCAGCCAGGCGUCAACACAGUCUUCUCGCCGGCCUGCAUACAAAGCUGUCUGACGCUGGCCUUCAUGGGGGCAUCCGGAUCGACGGCCGAAGAGUUGCGGAAGAGCCUGCACCUGGGCCCGGGCGACAAGGCGCACAUUGCCCGAUCCUUUGGCGAGUUCUGGACAACCAACUGCCACUACGGCGAUAGGGGACCCCUUCUGAAGUCUCUGAACCGCUUGUAUGUGAACGAAACACUGGAACUGCAACCGGAGUUCAAUGUGUUUGCCUGGGACUUCUUUAAGUCCAAGGCAGAGCCUGUAAAGUUCUCCGACGCCGUGGCCGUGACGGGGCAGAUCAACUCCUGGGUAAAGGAGCAGACGGAAGACAAAAUCAGAGAGCUGCUGCAGGCCGAUGCGGUCGACCAGGACACGAGUGCGGUGCUCAUCAACGCUCUGUACUUCAAGGGCAAAUGGAAGAAGCCGUUCACUCCCGAGGUCACGCAACAGGACGACUUCUUUUUGAAUUUGCGAGACAGCGUUAAGGUGGACAUGAUGUACCAGGAGGACAAGUUCAAGUACGCCGAGCUGCCCCUCUUGCAAGCACGGGCCGUGCAGCUACCCUACGAGAACUCGAACAUCUCCAUGCUGAUCAUCUUGCCCGACACUACGUGCGGCAUACUAGAUCUGGAGGAGCGAUUGAAGUCGGUGGAUCUGGCCGAUAUUGAGGGGGCCAUGACCUUGGAUGAUGUCGAUAUAGCCUUGCCCAAGCUGACCAUCGAAUUCGAUGUGGAUCUCAAGGACGUACUCAAUCAGCUGGGGAUAUCGGAGGUAUUUGGCAACGAGGCCAAUCUGGACGGACUCUUCACCACAAAGACGGGGCAGAAGAUCUCGGCGGCCAAGCAUCGCGGAUACAUCAGCAUCAACGAGGCAGGGUCUGAGGCUGCGGCCGCGACAUUCAUGAAAAUUGUGCCGAUGAGUCUGAACAUGAGCAAGAAGCUGUUCAAAGUGGACCACCCAUUCGUUUUCUAUAUACGCUGCAGCCAGGCGGUCUUCUUCGCCGGUCGCGUCGUCUCCCCCAGUGAUCUGAAGAGAGAGUCCAUUGCAUCACUGGACACUUCAACUUCUGCUAAUAUCAGCCAAGAGAGUAAAUAAAAUCAUUUGACAACCCA